AUGACGACUACUCUUAGUUCACUGGAGUUGAUGCUGGUGAAAAUCCAGCAAUUAGAGGAUCAGCCCAAAGAUGCGCUGCCGGCAUUACCAGUUCGUCCGGUGUCCAGGGCCCGGCUACCUCGGGCAAGAAAGCAAUUGCCUUUUGACUUCAAGUUCGUCGAGUCAAUUCAAGAACCGGCUUUAGCAGAGAUUAAUGGUAUUCGGAUUGGAGUACUGGAGAAUACAAUAGAAACCGCCCAAAAAGGGAUAUUGAGAAUUCAAAAGUGCUAUAGAGGCCAUCAAAUAAGAUGCUACUACAGUAAGCUUAGAAGAGGAGCAAUUGCACUGCAAUCAUUUGUUCGCGGUGAAAAUUCAAGGAAGGAACAUUGGUACCGAAUUAAGAGACUGACAGCAAUCAUUGUAAUACAGAAACACAUUAGAGAGCAUUUUGCAUAUGGAGCAAUAAAACAUAGGAAUGCAGCAGUCGUAUGCUUGCAAUCUGGAAUUCGAGGUUGGUUGUCCCGAACGCAUUUCGACCACAUAAGACACGUGCAAAAAAUAAAAAUCAAGAAUGAGAGGGACGUCAGAAACCUGCCUGAAGACACAGACAAGAAGGAUUGCGUUCUGGUUCAGCAUUUUGCUCUUGUUGAUCUUCAAAAGCAAGCUUUGAGGACGGAGGCAAAACUGCGGAAGAAGAACGAGGAAAACUCUGCUUUGAAGAUGCAACUUCAGAAAAUGGAGGAUAAAUGGCGAGAAUACGAGGAGAAGAUGAAAUCCUUGGAGAAAACCUGGCAAGAUCAAUUGACUUGUAUACAAACAUGUCUAGCCGCAGCAAAGAAAAAUCCCACAGACGAAAGCAUUAUCGGGAAAUUUGGACAAUGCGAUGCUACUUCAAGACGUCAAAAACGAAAUGUUGAUGAUGCAACAACAAGAACUGGAUUGUUUCAUGGAAAUGGUAUGGUGAACUCAUUGGAUAGCAAUGGCUCAGGGCCACAUAUCAUAAGUAAUUCAACCAAUCACAUAAUCAAACAAUUUGAAGGCAUGUACGAUGAGGAUGGCGAUCAGGCUCAAGUUGCAUCAGAUCGGGUAAAGUUGCAUCCUGGUGUUGAGCUUCGAAAACUCAAGCUUAGGUUCGUAGGUUGGAAAAAAGACUUCAAAACUCGGUUAUGGGAAGCAGAAGCAACAUUCAAGAAGUUUAGCCAUCUUGAAACAGAAAAAGGCCAAAAGAGAUGGUGGGAAAGAAGAGAAAUGAAAAAGGGGAUUAGGAACUGA